CUGACACUAUAUAAGCAUAGGUCAUAGCUGCAACUCUCCAAGGGCAAAAUGCCAACCCAUCUCAACUUUUUCUACAUAGUGGUUUAGGUUUGUGGGUACCCAUGGAUUGAAACCCAUCUCUUUCUUGAAAAUUAUAUAUGCUUUUCUUGUUCUUUUUCUCCUCUUACAGGUCUAAAACCAAUUUCUUCUUAGCAAUCUUGCUGUAAUAAAACCCAUUUCAUGUCUCUCUCUUCUUCUCUCUCUUAACAAAAAAAACCCAUUUCUUCUCUUCUAAGCUCUCUCAUCCUAUCUCCAUAACAAAACCCAUUUCCUCUCUCUACCGAAGACCUUUUCUUUUUCUUUUCUUACGGGGAAAUGGGUUACAGUGAGUGUUUUUUCUCUCUUCUAAUUCUGUUUGUCCCCUCUUUUUCUUUUUAUGGGGUGGGGAUGAGAGAUGGAUUUGCUUUUUAAUAUUUGAGUCUUAGUUGAUUGAUCGAGUCUCCCAUAGCGCUCUCUCUCUCUCUCUCUACCCUUUGUUUUUAUGGGAGGGUGGAUGAGUUUUUUGGAGUUUAAUUUAGUUGGUUGAAAGUUUGGGCUACAAUUAUGCACACAAGUUCAGUGUGAGGGGUGGAAAUCUAUUUCUCUCUCUCAUAUCUUCUGUAUACUGUCGCUCCUCUUUUUAUUUUUAUUUUUGUUUUCUGGUAUUGGGCUUCUUCUUCUUCCCCGUUCCUGGGUGCAUUGACCUUAAACUCUACAACUUGGGAUUGGGUUUUCUUUCCUCUUCGUACUGUCUCAUUUUUCGUUUGUGGUUGUUUUGUUUAAAUGAGUGUUUCAUUGGGAGGAUUGGGUUUUCUGGUGCUGAUCUUGUUUUCGGUUGAUUUGGGUUGUUGAUCAUGCCGAUGAAGGACUCAGAUUGAACUUGAAAUGGAGAGAGGGGUUCAUCCUCCUUUGGUUGACACUGCAGCAUGCUACUGUCGAGUUGACACAGGCCUCAAGACCGUUGCAGGAGCAAGAAAGUUUGUCCCAGGCUCAAAACUAUGCAUCCAACCUGACAUCAAACCAUCCAUCCACUCCUCUCGAAACAAGGUCAUUCGUGGUGAUAGAAGUCGAGGCCAAUCUCCAUUGCUCCCUGGCCUUCCUGAUGACCUAGCCAUUGCAUGCUUGAUCAGAGUCCCUCGAGUCGAGCAUCGAAAGCUCCGCUUAGUCUGCAAAAGAUGGUACCGUCUCUUGGCUGGAAACUUUUUCUACUCUCUUCGCAAGAGCCUUGGAAUGGCUGAAGAAUGGAUUUAUGUUAUCAAGAGAGACAAAGAAGGGAAGAUAUCAUGGCAUGCUUUCGAUCCAGUGUAUCAGCUCUGGCAGCCACUUCCCCCUGUUCCUGGUGAGUAUUCAGAGGCCCUUGGGUUUGGUUGCGCUGUUUUAAGUGGUUGCCACCUCUAUUUAUUUGGGGGAAAAGACCCAUUAAAGGGCUCAAUGAGGAGGGUCAUAUUUUAUAGUGCCAGGACUAAUAAGUGGCAUCGAGCACCUGAUAUGCUUAGGAGAAGGCACUUCUUUGGGUCCUGUGUGAUAAACAAUUGCUUAUAUGUGGCAGGUGGGGAAUGUGAGGGAAACCCCAGGUCUUUGAGAUCUGCCGAAGUAUAUGAUCCCAACAAAAAUAGAUGGUCCUUUAUAGCUGAUAUGAGCACAGCAAUGGUGCCAUUUAUUGGGGUGGUUUAUGAAGGAAGGUGGUUCUUGAAAGGCCUUGGGUCUCACCGCCAAGUUAUGAGUGAGGUGUACAUUCCCGAGUCGAAUAAUUGGAACCCAGUUUAUGAUGGCAUGGUUGCAGGGUGGCGAAACCCUAGUGUAUCAAUUAAUGGUGAAUUAUAUGCAUUGGAUUGUAAGGAUGGUUGCAAAAUUAGGGUUUAUGAUGGGGCAACAGAUUCAUGGAGUAGGCACAUAGACAGUAGGCUCCACUUGGGAAACUCAAGGGCAUUGGAGGCAGCAGCCCUUGUUCCACUUAAUGGAAAGCUUUGCAUUAUUCGAAACAAUAUGAGCAUCACUUUAGUGGAUGUUUCGAAGUCUGAUGAAUCGAGAAGGGUGGGUCAGCUUUGGGAGACUAUUGCAGGAAAGGGACAUUUCAAGACUUUCGUGACAAACCUCUGGUCAAGUAUUGCUGGACGAAACCGACUCAAGAGCCAUAUUGUUCACUGUCAAGUGCUACAAGCAUAAGCUUCACUGUGCUUAAUAUGAUCGGCCCUCUGGUUUAAAAGAACAAAUCAAAGUCUGUAAUGGGGGUCUUCCUGUUUGGCUGUUGUCGCAGAAGGCUCAAUCACAGCUAAUGUUGUCGCAGAAGGCUCAAUCACAGUUACCAGCCAUUAAUGGCCAAUUUAAAGUUCAUAUUUGCUUGAAUUUAUUUUAUAUGAAGCAAGGUUGACCUUUUUGGAUCAAAAUACAACAUACAAAAAAACUCAUUUGGGUGAAGGAAGAGAUCUGCAGCGGGCUUAGCAGUGCGUGUCUUUAUCUUGCAUGGAUGGCUAGAUGCUUUGAUGGCUGGUUUUAGGUUCAGAGGAUGGAAGAGUAAAGUGAACAAGGAAUCAGAAUAUAGGUUUUGAGAUCGUAACUCGAGCUUGUCCAUCUCAAGAAAGCUAGUUACUCUCAGAUCUAGAAUCUAUAAAGGUUCUCAUUCAUAAAGCUUUUAUCUCAUGCUCUAUGAUUUAGAAAACUGUAGUAAAUAUCGGUAAAUACUAUGUAUUAGACAGACCUAAAGUUCAUUCCUUACAUUUAGAUCUGGAAAAUGCUUUUAUUUUUUGUUGUGCUUGUUCUA